AUGCCACCGUUUCUUGUGGUCGUGCUUUUAGCAGUUCUGAACUUGUGUGAGCCACUGUACCACGAUCAGUUCGCGAUACAUGUGCCUAGUGGAAAUGCAGAUGAGUUGGCGAACCGGCAUGGUUUUAUUAAUCACGGACAGAUCGGUAACCUGAAGCACUUCUAUCUCUUUUCACAUCCACACGUGAGAAAGAGAUCAGUAAAUUCAAGCAUAGGAUACGUGAAUACAUUAAAAAAUGACCCACAGGUGAGAUGGGUGAUGCAGCAGAGGGAGUUACGAAGAACAAAAAGGGAUCAUUCUGCGCGCCCGGUGAUGCGGCAAUCAAAUAUAAUAUCAUUUCCAGACCCUUUGUUUAAGGAGCAAUGGUAUUUGAACGGCGGUGCGGCAGAUGGGUUAGACAUGAAUGUUGGGUACGCCUGGCGGAAGGGUUACACCGGGAAGGGUGUUGUUAUCACAAUAUUGGACGACGGAAUCCAACCUAACCACCCCGAUCUGGCUCAGAAUUAUGACCCAGCAGCUUCAACUGACAUAAAUGGAAACGACACAGACCCGACACCACAAGACAACGGCGAUAAUAAACAUGGCACUCGGUGUGCGGGGGAGGUGGCGGCUGUCGCCUACAAUCGGUACUGCGGUGUCGGCAUCGCAUACAAUGCCAGCAUUGGGGGAGUCAGAAUGCUAGACGGCCUUGUUAACGACGCAGUGGAAGCGCAGGCAUUGAGUUUCAACACUCAUCACAUAGACAUCUACAGCGCUUCCUGGGGACCGGAAGACGACGGAAAAACCGUCGACGGACCGGGCCCUUUAGCGAGAAGAGCAUUUAUAAAUGGGGUUACAAACGGGAGAGGCGGGAAAGGCUCUAUUUUUAUAUGGGCGUCGGGAAAUGGCGGCCGGCAUACCGACUCGUGUAAUUGUGACGGUUAUGCAAACAGUAUAUUUACGAUUUCAAUAUCGAGUGCUACUCAAGGCGGAUACAAACCGUGGUACUUAGAGGAAUGUUCGUCCACUUUAGCAUCGACAUAUAGCUCUGGCACUCCCGGGCGCGAUAAAAGCGUAGCGACCGUAGACAUGGAUGUGCAAUUACGACCCGAUCAUAUAUGCACCGUCGAUCACACGGGUACUUCUGCGUCCGCUCCGCUCGCCGCAGGAAUUUGUGCUUUAGCUUUAGAGGCGAAUACAGUGCUCACUUGGCGAGAUAUGCAGCAUUUAGUAGUAAUGACCUCUCGACCGCAGCCACUCGAGAAGGAAGAAGGGUGGAUCGUAAACGGGGUAAAGCGGAAGGUGAGCCAUAAGUUCGGCUACGGCUUAAUGGAUGCAGGUCAAAUGGUUUCCCUAGCGGAACAAUGGAUAAGUGUACCGCCGCAACAUAUUUGCAAGUCACAGGAAAUAAACGAGGACAGGUCCAUUGAAACUUCUUUCGGAUACACAAUUUCCGUACAUAUGGACGUGAAUGGUUGUAGUGGCACAAUGAAUGAGGUCAGAUUUCUGGAACAUGUUCAAUGUAAAAUUUCACUCAGCUUUUUUCCCAGAGGAAAUUUGCGGAUAUUACUCACAUCGCCAAUGGGGACUACGUCCACACUUUUGUUUGAGCGGACCCACGAUGCGACCAGUUCGAAUUUCGACGACUGGCCAUUCUUGAGUAUACAUUUUUGGGGCGAAAAUGCCGAAGGACGAUGGACCUUACAGAUAAUAAACGCUGGAAAUAAUCACGUUACACAGCCAGGAGUGCUGAAAAAAUGGCAGCUUAUUUUCUACGGUACAGCAACGAAUCCGAUAAGAUUGAGAAAUAAAAACUAUUUCGAUUCGAAUAACGCUCAGCAGGAGGAAAAAACCUAUCACAUUAACGAUGUAUAUGACGCGUCCGAAUAUUCCCAGUUCUUAAACGAAAUCGAGCUCGGGAUAUCAGAUCGACACAGCUACUCCAAAAAUAUACCGUCUUCGCAAAGGAAAAAUGUGCUGGCAGAUGCGAACGAUAAACAAGUUCAGAGAAUGUGCGAUCCGGAGUGUGACUCUCAAGGUUGUUAUGGAAAGGGGCCAACUCAAUGUGUCGCAUGUAAACAUUAUCGUUUAGAUAACUCUUGUGUAUCAAGAUGUCCGCCGAGGAGCUUCGUAAAUCAGGGCGGAGUGUGCUGGCCUUGUCAUGAGUCAUGCGAGACUUGUGCGGGGGCGGGGCAGGACUCGUGCCUGACAUGUGCCCCCGCACAUCUCUUAGUUAUCGACUUGGCUGUGUGCUUACAACAAUGCCCCGAUGGCUAUUACGAGGACCCAGACGCAAACGCGUGUUUUCCCUGUGCCGAGCACUGUGAUACUUGUACGGAAAAGGCUGAUCUAUGCGCCUCAUGUGCACACAGCUAUGUAUUAUACAAUGGGUCUUGUUUGGCGACUUGCCCACCUGGGACGUUUCAAAAGGAUGACUUUGGUUGCAUGCCAUGUCAUGAGUUAUGUGAAUCAUGUAGGGGCCCCGGUGAAAUAGAAUGCAUAUCGUGUAGAAUUGGAUACUACGCUUUGGAGAGCCAAUGUUUACCUAAAUGCCCAGAGGGAUUUUAUGCUGAUGUUCAGAAAAGAGAAUGUAUUAAGUGUCCGAUUGGUUGCUCAGUUUGUUUGAAUGGAGUCUGUUCUGUUUGCAAGCCAAAAUGGUUACUCGCAAAAGGUGGUAAUUGCUUUCCAGAGGGCAAUGGAAAAUGUGACACGAACGAAUAUUAUGAAGGAGGACGUUGCAAAAACUGUCAUUCCACUUGCGAGAAAUGUAGCGGACCAAACGAAUGGGAUUGUUUAUCUUGUUCGAGCCCCUUGUUAUUGCAAGGAUCGAGGUGUGUUGCGGAAUGCGGUCAAGGAUUCUACCAACGAGCUGGCAGUUGCUCUCCGUGUCCGCUAACUUGUACCAACUGCGUCUCUAGAUUGAACUGUACAUCUUGUGCGGGUGCAUUACGCCUGCAAUCCGGUACAUGCCGGGCGACAUGCGCCCCCGGGUAUUAUCCGGAUGAGGCGAUAUGUUCGAAAUGUUACUUGUCUUGUGAAACAUGUACCGGGGCGAGACGGAAUCAGUGCGCGUCAUGCCCGCCCGAUUGGAGAUUAGCGGCGGGUGAAUGCCGGCCUGAGUGCCCGCAGAACUUUUUUUCGUGGGGCGAUAGCUGCCGACGCUGUCAUCAUUACUGCCAAGAUUGCUAUGGUGCUGGACCGCAGAGGUGUACGUCGUGUCCGCCGCACUUUUCUUUGGAAAAUGGAUUGUGUGUGGAAUGCCUUAGCUCACAGUACUACGAGCCUAGGACUAGGACUUGUCGGCCGUGCCAUGAUUCGUGCAGAUCCUGUUCAGGUCCUGGACCAACGAGUUGCGUUACAUGCGCACAUCCUUUACGUUUAGAUAGAGUUAACCACAAUUGUUUGCCGUGCUGUACUGAGAAUGCGGUGUAUUCGAGUGGCAAUCAAUCUACAGAUUGCUGCCAUUGUGACAGGGAUAUAGGGGGCUGUUUAAACGGUUCAUCUGCGGGCAAGCGGCGCAUUGCAGAGAACAUUGGAUCACAUAUGACCGCCUCGUUUUUUGUUGGCGACGCAAAAACCAAGCCAAAUAUCUUUCACCGUGAUAUAUUGAUAGUGUGGAGCGGCGUCGCUACCGCACUUUUGGUCAUGGCCCUUGUGAUUGUGAUAAGGAUUAACAUAAAACGCCGCAACCAUCUCACAUUAUACCCCAAAGCGGUAUAUUCUCAGCUGACGACGGUUGAUGAAGACCUAACAAAUCUGUCUUUGUCUAACACUAGCAAACUGAAAGUGACAGAGAGUGCUAUGAGUGCCCUCGAAGAACCGACUUAG